GACGUGUCAGCAAAGAGCGAUGCUCGCAGAGACAAGCGGGCGGCAGAGCGAGCUUCAAAGCAGCGAUGCUAUGCGUGUAGAGGUAUGGGACACUCGGCGAAGGACUGUCCUUCAGGUCUCAAUGCGGAGAUCACGGGCAAAGAGACUGUCGGUAUUUGCUUUAGGUGUGGCAGCACAGAGCAUACACUGGCCCGGUGUAGGAAGGCAGCGAAACGCAACGAUGAAGGCGAAGAGCAGCUGCCGUACGCCACUUGCUUCAUAUGCAGUCAAAAGGGCCACUUGUCCUCUAAAUGUCCCAAAGGCAGAGGCGUGUACCCCUCAGGUGGAUCUUGUCGUCUGUGCUCAUCUACCGAACAUUUGGUCAAAGACUGUCCACUGAGCAUACGCAAGAGCGGCAAAGGAGCAGCGGAACUCGGCCUCGCGGCAAUUUGUGGUGCUGAUACAGGCGGCCCGUCCGCCACCGGCGGUGUCCAACACACAGAAAGUCUUGGAGCAGAUGAAGACGACUUUCAUCACUUUUCCAGACAGAGAAGCGACGUGGAGCGCGAUAGAUUGCAGGAACAUCGAAAUAAGGUCUCUCGCGCACCCCAAGAGAAGGGAAAGAAAAGCGCAAAGGUCAUUGCUUUUUGA